AUGGAAGGUUCGAUCGAGCAGCGGUACGCGAUCAAGUUUUGUGUGCGCUUGGGCAAGAAUGCAACCGAAACCUACAGUAUGCUUCGAGAAGCCUUCAAGGAUGACUGUAUAUCAAGAUCGCAGUCAGGACGCUGGUAUAAGGCAUUUUCAGUGGGUCGAACCAAGGUCGUCGACGAACAACGCUCCGGACGACCAACAACUGCGCGAACCGACGCUAACGUGGAGCGUGUGCAGAAACUUUUGGACAUCGAUCGUCGAUUAGGUAUUAGACAGAUCGCAGACACCCUAGACAUUAGUACAUUUGCAGUGCACGGGAUAAUAACGCAAGAUUUGGCGAUGAGAAUGGUGUGCGCAAAGCUGGUACAAAAAGUGCUCACUCAAGAACAAAAGGACCUCCGAGUUUUGCGCUGUCAAGAAUUGUCGGAAUUGAUAGAAAGUGACCCUGACCUUAUGAACACUGUAGUAACUGGCGACGAAAGUUGGAUGUUUGAAUACGAUCCCGAAACAAAGCGUCAAAGCAGUGAGUGGCACAACCAAACUUCACCCCGACAGAAGAAAGCGCGGAUGAGCAAGAACCGCAUCAAAGCAAUGCUCAUCGUGUUCUUUAACGUCAGAAGUGUAGUGCAUUUUGAGUUCAUACCUGAGGGGACGACCGUUACCGCCAAAGUUUACCUGGAAGUGCUUAAGAGGCUCAAGCGGCGCGUCGCGCGCGUCAGACCAGACAUCAAAGACAACUUGAGGCUGCACCACGACAAUGCGCCGAGUCACACUGCCUUCCUUGUGACGGAUUACCUCGCUCGCUGCCAAACCCCCGUCGUUCCCCAUAUUUUUUUGAUAGAUAAGGAAUUCUCUUUUAAAUUCUUGAAUAUGUAUCAAAUAUCUUAG